AUGGACAUCGGCUUAUCCGAAGAAGAUGCCGACUUUGCUAAAUGGUUAAGCAAAACUAAAAAACUAACUCCGGAAAAAGUUUUAAAUCAUGGUAAUUCAGAAGAAUUAAGAGAAGAAUAUUAUAAAACUCCUCAGCAAAUAAAAAAACCAGGCUUGAGUCCAGAACAAAAGAAAGCACUAGAAGAAUACCGAAAAAGCUUAAAAGAAUUAGGUAAGUCGAAUAAUUUGGAAGAGUUUUUAAAUAGUGAUUACCGAGAACUUUAUGAAGCAGAAGCCGAAGAAUUAGAGAAGUCAAAAGAGAAAAAAGAAAAUUUAGGAACCAAUCAAACUCAAACUAUUGGUUUUAGAAGUCGAGGAAAAGGAGUAUUGGAGCAAGGACCGGUGAUUAAGGAAGACAGUCCUAAUUCCGACGGAACACCUAAGAAUUUAAUGCAAAGUAAUAGGAUGCAUUAUGAUUUUUGUAGCAAUCUAGGAAUUAAAAGGAUUUAUCAAAGCGAGUUUAGUAGUUAUCAACCGAGGUUUAGUUUGUUUAGAGCAUUUGGCAAAGGAAAAGGAGAUGCCGAAGAUGAAAUUAAUCGUAAUCCUUCCUGA